GCUGUUUGCAUAAAUUACGAUAAUGAGUUUAAAUUUGCCGCGUUGAUAAACAAUGAUAGAAAACAAAACGAAAGAAGAGUGAAGGAUCAUUUCUUGAUCAGGGAGGAGAAGAUUCACGUUAUGUUACUCGAAAGAAGCAGUCGAUGAAAAGAAAAUUUUGCUACAAGAGCCCAAUUGGAACCAUAUCUCAUUCAAGGGAGGAAGCCGAAAAACAAGAGACCAACUUUUUUCUUUUUCUUUUUUCUAUUUCUAUUUCUUUCUUGUUUCUGUUUGUUUUUCUUGCCUUUUUCUUUUUUUCUUCCUGUUGUUUUCACCUCUACUGAUGGUUCGAUGCCUGCCAAGUCAUUUUUUAUCUCUGGUCGAUACUUCCACGCCGUGCAACGCUGAUAUAGACUGAAGCAAAGAUUGGAAAUCGUCCAUGAUGGGAUUGUAAUCAGCUGAGUAAUUCCGCCUGAAAACGAUAUAAAUACCGGUGCAUGUAGCACAUUUAGAUGCGUGCCUUACACACUUUUCGUUAGAGGUAAAAAGAUUGACAAUAAUCAAAUUCUCUUUUUCUAAAAGUCUCUUUGGAAUUCUUUGUCUUGUUCGUUUCUAGAUUCCUUUUUUUUUUGUCUGGUAUUCUUUUUUCAUUCUUACGAAUUCAAUUUAGACUCUUUUCUUUGAAUUUAAAUUCGAUUCUUUUUUGCUUUCUUUAACUUUUGUACUUGUUUUCAUUUCUUUCCUUUUUGUCCAAUAUGACUGCUACUUAUGUUACUAAAGAUGGCUCUGCCUAUUUUCCUAAUGAGCCCAAAGGCCCCUCUGUGAAAACAAGCACUGUUCCUGGUCCCAAGGGCAAGGCUACCCUUGAAGAAAUCAGCCAGGUUCAUGAUGUGGGUGCUGUCAAGUUCCCUGUUGACUAUGAGAAAUCAAUUGGUAAUUACGUGGUGGACGCUGAUGAAAAUGUCCUUUUGGAUGUUUAUUCUCAAAUUGCUACUAUUCCCGUUGGUUACAACAAUCCAACUCUUCUUGAAGCAGCCAAAUCCGACGAGGCUGCUACUGCUAUGAUGAAUCGUCCUGCUCUCGGAAAUUAUCCUCCUAAAAACUGGGCUCGUAUGGUACAAGAAGGUGCUAUCGACUUUGCGCCUAAGGGUCAAAAGUAUGUUUACUACCAAAUGAGCGGCAGCGAUGCCAAUGAAGUUGCUUACAAGCUAGCCAUGCUAUAUCGCUUCAACAAUUUGCCCAGAGCUAAUGGUACCUACACCGACGAAGAAAAUGCUAGUUGCAUGAACAAUUCUGCUCCUGGAAGUCCCGAGACUGCUGUCCUUUCUUUCCGCCAUUCUUUCCAUGGUCGUCUUUUUGGCUCUCUUUCGACUACUCGCUCCAAACCUAUCCAUAAGCUCGGUAUGCCUGCGUUCAACUGGCCUCAAGCUGACUUUCCUGCAUUGAAAUACCCUCUCGAAAAACAUACAGCUGAAAACGAGGCUGAAGAAAAUCGUUGCAUCAGACAAGUCGAGCAAAUUCUAAGCUCUCAUCAUUGCCCUAUCGCCGCUUGUAUCGUUGAGCCUAUUCAAUCCGAAGGUGGUGACAACCAUGCUUCGAAUGAAUUCUUCCAUAAGCUUCAAGCCACUUUAAACAAGCACAAUGUUCUCUUCAUCGUUGACGAGGUUCAAACUGGUAUGGGCGCUACUGGUGCUAUGUGGGCUCAUGAGCAUUGGAACUUGCCUACUCCUCCCGAUAUGGUUACGUUUUCUAAAAAAUUCCAAGCAGCCGGUGUUUAUUACCAUGACGAGAAACUUCGCCCCCAUGCUUAUCAACACUUCAAUACCUGGAUGGGGGAUCCUCUUCGUGCUAUCCAGGCCAAAUACAUUGUCAAAGAAAUCCGUGACAAGGAUCUGCUUAAUAAUGUCAAAGUUGUAGGUGACUUUUUAUACACUUCUCUUGAAAAGUUGGCUGAAAAACACCCAGGAAAAAUAAACAACCUCCGUGGUAAAGGCAAAGGCACAUUUAUCGCAUGGGACUGUGAAUCACCUGCUGCCCGUGAUACAUUUGUUGCUCGUAUGAAGAUGAAUGGUAUUAACGUAGGAGGAUGUGGUGUUGCAGCGAUCCGUCUUCGUCCUAUGCUUGUUUUCCAACAACAUCAUGCUGAAAUUCUUCUAAACAAGAUUAAUGAAUUAAUUUAAGGCGUCAUCUUUAUCCUUUUUUCAUGGUAAAUCAUACAUAAUGGAACGAUGAUUGUUAUUUGAAUUAUCUACUACCAUCAGUCCCAAAAAAUACACGCAUACGAAAUGGUUUCUAUUGUUCUCUCUUUUUCUUUUCUUAUAUAGCAUUAUCUGUUCAUAGUCACUAUCCAUCAUUAUUGUUGAAUGAAUUAUUUAAUAUUUCAUGCUUGCUCGAAUCCA